GUGGGAGCGGCGGCGGCGGCGCGGGACAGCAUGAGGGAGCCACUCGGUGGUCUUACUGUGCAGACCUACCCUGAGGCAGAGGAUUUCUUGGCCUAGAAGCAAUCUUCCAGAAGCCUUCCUGACCCUUUGAGACGAGUGUGGGUCCUGCCACGACAACCAUCCCAGCAGCUGAGCUUGGAUGAGGCUGGUGCAUUAUGUACAGUGUAGAAGACCUCCUGAUUUCUCAUGGAUACAAGCUGUCAAGAGAUCUUCCAGCACCGCACGGGGGUCACUAUGAGGGGCGCCAGCCAGCGAAGGCAAGAGCGGGAGUGGGCCAUGGCCUGCUGAACGGGUGUGAGGAUGGCCCUGCUGCCUUUCCACACAGUAAGGCGCCCCUGGGGACAGGACAUGUGUGUGAUUCUGAAAAGGACCGCCAUGUGCUGAGAGCCCACGGAGAGCCCCAGAGUGCCUCUGCUGCCAGGAUGUCUGAGGAGGGGUAUUAUCACCAACCCAUGCUAGCGUGGUCCUCUCAGCACCAAAGUGGUCACAACCACGCCUACUGGAGAAGAGAGCAGGAGGUCAGUGGCUUGCUGGGUCCAAGAGACCGAGAAGACCUGGAAGUCAGAGGAGUGGCCCAGGCCCACAGUCUGCCGGUCCACACGAGAGAGGGUUCAUGGGAAGUUGGAGGAAGGACAGAGAAUGUGAUGAAGAAGAUGGUUUGGGAAGAAGAGCUGAGAUUGGCGGGUCCUGCUAAGUGGCAGCAUGUUAGCCUGGAAUGUUGGAACCAGCCAAGGAAAUUAGGAAGGCAGAUGUCUGAUGGUGAUGGGGAGAAACUGUUUCAGGAUCUGUACCCAUUUAUGCGAGGAGAACACGUGUUGAAUUCCCAAAGCAAAGGGAAAUCCCAGUCGUUGCCUAGAGUUCUCUCUCCCAAGAGCCUCAGUUGCAUGGAAAUUCCAUUAAGUGAUGGGCAUUUACCAAGUGUCCCUAAAAUGCCAUUUUACCCUCCAAAUUGUGUGCCAAAUUUGGAAUCCACCAGGAACCCCGAGAAGAGUGGCUCCUUGGUCCCUUUACCAUGGCCGAAAUUUGGGAGACCCCUCAAGCCUCCAUCCUAUGACUCCCACCAACACUCCAGGGGAGGAGUGGAAAACAGCGACUAUCUGGACAGCCAGCAGACAGACCUGAGUGUUUCCUACAUGACCAAAACUAGCGACCCCAGGCAGGAGCUCAGCCUGCCUGAGUCUGGCUUGGAACCUCCAGUGUACGUGCCUCCACCAUCGUACAGGUCCCCACCCCAGCACAGCACUAACCCCUACUGGGAGGAUGCGGCACCCAGGCAUGUGUGUGAUGGUCACCGUCAUCUGGCUGAGGAGGCUGCUGCCAGUUGUCAGCUUCCUUCUAGUUCCCUUGGGACUGGAAAUGAGUAUGGUCUGAGCCCGCUCUCUCCUCAGAAGUUCCCACAAGAGUCUCAUCCCAUCACUGCUUACGACGGCUCUGUUCAGUAUAUUCCCUUUGAUGACCCACGGAUACGACAUAUUAAACUGGCCAAACCCCAGGCUUUCUGUGAAGAAACAAAGGUGGAUGAGAAAUUGUACGACUCCAGUCCAGUUUCUGCCCUGGAACCAGCUCAUGGAAACACGCACCAUGACGGUGCUGUUUUGAACCCACAGAGCACCGUGCCCCUUUCAGGGAGUGAGAGAGGCCCUGCCCAUGCCAGCCCCCGGUGGCUGUGGGGCCAGCUCCCCAGGGAUGGAGAAAAUGGUGGCUUUCCUGACCAAAGAGACCACUGUUUUAUGAGAGGACAGUGGCCUGAUGUGAGAGGCAGCCAGCAUGGACAAGCAGAAAGCCAAGUCUCCUCCCCAAACCCACAGGGUGAGAGUACCUGUGAAACUCGAACCAAGCUCAAAAAGUUUGAAACUGGGAUUCAGACCAAGAAAAGUUCAAAGAAAAAAAUGAACGAGACGAUAUUUUGUUUGGUUUCCAUCCCAGUGAAAUCAGAAUCACAUCUGCCAGAGAUAGAUACAAACAACAAUGACUUAAAACAGAGUGCUGAUAAGAAGCAUGAGCUUGAUAAGAGCACGGCUCUGCAAGAACAAAGUCUGCUGAGCAUGUCUUCCACCGACCUGGAGCUGCAAGCUCUCACAGGAAGCAUGGCUGGGAGAACAGAGAUCCAAAAACAAGAUCUGGGGGAACCAGAAGAAGACAAACAAACAGAUGACCUCAGAUUCAUUCACCCCACGAAACACAGAGUACUGCAAUAUUCUGGCUCAUGGCCAGGGCACCAGUAUAGAGAUCAGCAAACACAAACCACUUUCAUGGAAGAAUCUAAAAGCCUGCAGCCCCGCCCUGCUGAGAAGUUGGGAGGGUCGCCUAAUGCAGUGCUGACUCCAAAACUUCUGGACCCUACUGCCUCGGAAGCUCAGAUGCAUAUGGCGUUAGCUUCCAGUCACCAACACCAGAGGCCAGAUGGUCAUCACCCAAAAGGUCAACUGUCCCUCAACCCAUCUAGCUACAGUGCUUUUUCAAGGACUCCCUUAUUCACAAAUCAGGCCCCUGUGCCAAAAGUGGGCCAGAGUCAGCCCUCCGUGGAUGACCAUGGGAGUGGAGCCAGCCCUGUGCCCAGAGGCGAGGUGGUGAAGGGGGCAACCGCAGGUCCGUGCAAUAGUCAACAGCUCUUUGGUCAGUUUCUUUUAAAACCAGUUAGCCGUCGUCCCUGGGAUUUGAUAAGUCAGUUAGAAAGUUUUAAUAAGGAGCUUCAGGAAGAGGAAGAGAGCAGUCCUAGCAGCAGCGGCAGUGAGGACAGUGAGACAGAAUGGCAGCCAGAAGGCCAUGCUGACUGCACACUCAAGAAUUUGGUCUUCAGGAAAGACAGCCAGGAAAGAGGAGCGGAGGAACUGCCGAGGAGGUUGGUGCCGGAGGAGCCUGCGUUUAGGUCAGGAAGAGUUAAGAGUAAGUCUGAGAGUUGGAGUGAGGAGCAGAAGCCUGUCACCUGCCACCAGGGUGCCCGUCCUCAGUGCCCAGGCCCCUCACAGGUGGAGAACAGCAGAGGUGGCGUGUUGCUGUCAACACCGAGAAGCUUGAUUACAGAGAGGAGAAACCAGGAGGUCGGGAAAAGGAUAAAAGAACUAGCAGUCAGCCCAGGUCUUGUGAAGAGAAUGACAUCUUCUAGGUCAAGUGGCACUGUGUCCUCAUCCGAUUCAGCUGAACUGAGGGAGCCCCAGGAAAAGCAGGAAUUCCCCAGUGUUUUAAAGUCUGUGGAGCUGAGCAAAGCAGCCCCUCUGGAGCCGAGCGGUGGGGAGGAGAGGAGCACGGUGGUCCCACUCUCUCUUACCAGCAAAGCUCUCGGACUCUCAGCACCAGACUUAAGGUCCAUGGGGCUGACCCCAGCGCAACAGUGGAGUGCCAGUAAGGUGGAUGGGUCUUCAGGUGAAGCACAUGCAAUAGAAAUCCCCCCAAAUGAGUCCCUUCAAGUGAGGGCUGCGAGGAUUCUGGGCAUUGAGGUGGCUGUGGAGUCCCUGCUGCCGGGCACCAGGAGAACGGGACAUAACCAGCCCCCUGAGCCUGAUGGCAGUGCCCGAAGGUCGGUGUCCCCUAGGGAGGAACCAGCGUCCAGUCCAGCACAGCCGGGCGACCCCACAGUGUCCACUGAUGCCUUUUAUGGCAGGAGAAAGUGUGGCUGGACCGAAAGCCCUCUGUUUGUAGGGGAAAGGGACAGUGGCUCACAGGCUCCAUGGAAUUCUGAGUGCUCAGGUGUAGAAGGGGCCGUCCCCAGCAAUGCUGCCGACCCCGAGUCUCAGCCCAUUGACCUGGAAUCCAAGCCCUUCAAUCACAAGGACAUGAGGACUAAACCACCUUUCAGGUCCACUUUGUUCCACUUUAUAGAAAGGACUCCGAGUAUGGCAGGCUCAGAAAAGAGGCUCAGAAGUACUUCCAAAGUGAUUGAAAGUUUACAAGAGAAACUGGCCUCUCCCCCUAGGAGAGCCGACCCUGACCGCUUGAUGAGGAUGAAAGAGGUGAGCUCCAUGUCUCGGAUGAGGCUCCUGAGCUCCCGGAGCGCUGACUCCAUGGAGGAUGCCGAGGAACUGAAGGCUGAGAGGGGCCCAGGAGCUCAGCCAAGAGGCCUGGUGUCUCUGACCACUGGGAACCUGGCCAGGAAGGCGAGAAAUGCAUUUUCUGUUUCCAAGGGUGCCCUCUCACUGGAAGAAAACGGGCAUCUGGCAGCAGGAAGGGAGAAGAACUUGGAUCAGGAUUUCUGGUGCCCAGAUUCGUAUGACCCCAGCAGAGUGGAGAGGGUGUGAUGAGAUGCGACUGAAGUGCAGGCUAAUUUGCCAGUUGAGUGUUCUAUGAUUUUGCCUGUCCGCCAGCUUGCCCAGGUGUCAGCCGGAAAGCGCUGGCUCUCGGUGCGCUCUGACAUCACCACUGCUCCUGGGAGACACAUCAUGCCUACAGAAUCGCUUUGUGGAAAUAAAGGAGUAGUCUGUUGAAACCAUCUGUUUGUGUAAAUGAAGAGUUAAUGCCUCUAUUUAGAAAAGUCAUAUGGACUCUCCUGCAUAAUGGAUUUAGCCAAGCUGGUAAAAUGUUUGGUUUUAAUCUGGUUCUGUGACAAUUUGAAUAUGGACAAUAGAGUGAAUUAUUUUUGCAAGGACUGUGAAUGUCAUAAAGUUCCCUUCCCACCUCCAGGGCCUGUGGUCCAUGCUCAUGUUAAGGAGUUUGGGACAUAGGCCAUUGCCCAGUGUUUCUGCACUUUGAGUUUAGGGGAAAUGUGAAUCCAUUUCUAAUCAAUUUGGCCUUCUACUGCUGGAAAUAACGUCACUUACAAGUAACUUGCUGUCAGAGACUAAAAGCAAUAUCUUUUUAAGUUUCUGAAAGAUUAAAACUUGCUAUAAUGUACUAAGAGUAUUAUUUAUCUAGUAAGGAAAUACUUUGAUCAUCCGCAUACAUGCCAUUGUCUGCUUUGGGCUCAGUAUUAUCUAUUUUUAUUUCCUGUAUGGACGUUUAGAAAUACUUUAUAUGAAAAAUAAUUGCUGGUUUAAAAUGGACCAUUUUAACAAAGUAACUAUAUUUCUUUUUACAAAAAUGCUAUUUUUCUAUGAUGUAAACAGUUGUUAGGUGGCAUAUUUUUAAGGAAGUUUAUUUUAUUUAAGAAUCUGUAUCCCUUUGUGUGAGAGGGACCCAGAGAGGGUUCAUGUUUGCUAUAAAACAUAUAUCCCUUACCUGUUCACAAUUCUGCUAUUUUAUCUUAGAAAGAGAUCUCAAUAUAGACAUUUUACAGGGUUAAUCAAAUAAACUUUUCACAAAAAAUUUUUUUUUACAAAUAUAGUUAUAAGGUUAUAUGUGAAAAUAACCCUCUCAAAACCAGCCAACAUACUUAUGACAAUUUUUACUGCCAUAUCCACUAGACUUACCAAAAAGCGUAGUUUCAUUUUUGUAUGUCUGUGGGGGUCCUCUCUGAGACCAUAUUUCCCUCCCCACCUG